GUGGAGAAAUACAAAGUGUAGAAGCAGAGAGACGUGACCUGAAGGUUAACUUCUGUUAACAAUAAAUUGUUGGUGGAUUGCAGCCAGGGGCCUGGCACCACUCGUAGGUAGAACAUCUAAGACGUGGGAAGGCAACAGCUUUUUGGCUGUACUGGCCUAGCCUUCAACAUAGCUCUUCACUUCUGUGUGGAUUAACUGCACUCCACCAUUUCGUGCUUAUUGGGGGUUCUUGGUGAAAUACUGCAUGUUAUGCAGCCUGUCAAUUAUAUGAUGGGUCAGUAAGUUUAUCACUAACUUAGCUUACCAGCUUUCAGUAAACCUGCCAAAGUCCAGUGAGCAAAAGUUGCACAAGAAAUAACUGCUAUGUCUCUGCUGUGGAGUCUGAACAUGGUAACAAAGGAAUGAGGGCUUAAUAUGGAAUGAAGAACUGAGAUGUAUGAGCGGCAUUCCUGCUUCUGCUACAGCAGAAGCUUUUUGCCAAGCAGUGCUGGUAGACCGGACGAUGUACAUUUCAGGACAGAUAGGUAUAGAACCUUCCACCAGGCAGCUUGUCUCUGGAGGGGUAAAGGAAGAAGCUAAGCAGGCUCUAAAAAACAUUGGAGAAAUCCUGAAAGCUGCAGGCUGUGACUACAGCAAUGUUGUGAAGACUACAGUUUUGAUGGCAGACAUGAAGGACUUCAAUGAUAUUAAUGACAUUUACAAGCAGUUUUUCAAGACAAACUUCCCAGCCAGAGCAGCCUAUCAGGUUGCUGCUUUGCCCAAAGGUGCCCAAGUUGAGAUUGAAGCCAUUGCUGUCCAGGGACCCCUCCAAGAUGCUUCAGCCUGACUAUGAAUAGACACUGAUUAUCCUACAAAGGCAGAAUUAGAUUUAAUCCUUCUCCCUUACAUCCUAUUUCUACGGUUGGCUAUCAGCAGUUACACACAGUUGAAAUCAGUAAACUUCAUAGAAUCAUAGAAUCAACUAGAUUGGAAAAGACCUGAAAGAUCAUCAAAUCCAACCAUUACCCCAGGACUGCCAAGUUCACCACUAAACCGUGUCACCAAGGGCCUCGUCUACACGGUUUUUGAACACUUCCAGGGAUGGUGACUCCACCACUGCCCUGGGCAGCCUGUUCCAAUGCCUGAUCAUCCUCUAGGUGAAAAAAUACUUCCUAAUAUCCAAUGUAAACUUCCCCUGGUGCCGCUUGAGCCUGUUACCUCUUGUCCUAUCACUUGUUACCUGGGAGAAGAGAGUGACCCCCACCUCACUACAACCUCCUUUCAAGUCCCCUCUGAGCCUUCUUUUCUCCAGACUAAAUAACCCCAGUUCUCUCAGUCAUUCCUCCUAAGACUUUGAGACAAGGAAGUACAAAUUUUCUGUAAAGAGUUAAAUUCAGUUAGACUUUGUGGCCUUGUAAUAGAUGACAUUGAAAAAAUAGGUUAUUGUAAUAGAUGACAUUGAAAAAUAAGAUAUUGUAAUAGAUGACAGUGAGAAAGUGUCUUGGGUAAAUGUUUCACGAUGACCCGCCAGAACUGGACUAGUGGUAGUUGGCUUGACGAUGGGACUUUCAAAACUAGAAGUUCAACCAAAGGACAAGGUGAUGAAGAGGAAGAUGACGAAGAAACGACCACCAGGGGUCCCAAAGACCACUAUGAUAAUAAAGUGCGCAUGCAGGAAGAAUGUUCUAGAAAUGUGAUGUCAUGUAUAAGCAACUUCAUAAAUAUGCAUAUAAUGUAAUGAAUAUGUAUGAUUAACAACAAUAUAAUCACAGUUUGUUUGAUGCUCGGACAGGACACACUAGGAGGAGCUAUCCCCCGUGUUCCCCGGCGCCGCAACAAAGAAUACCUGCUUGUCAACUUAAACUUUGUUGGUGAGUUCUUAACGAGUUCUACGAAUCACACUUACUCUCCAGACCCUUCAUCAGCUUUGUUGUCCUUCUCUGGACCUGCUCCAGCACCUCAAUGUCUCUCUUGUAGUGAGGGUCCCAGAACUGAACACAGGAUUUGAGGUGUGGCUUCACCAGUGCUGAGUACAGGGGGACAAUCACCUCGCUAGUCCUCCUGGCCAUGGUAUUUCUGAUACAGGCCAGGAUGCUCUUGGCUGCCUUGGCUGCCAAGAGCUGGCUUAUGUUCAGCUAGCUAUUAACCAAUACCCUUGGGUCCUUUCCAGCCGAACAGCUUUCCAGCCACUCCUCCCCAGGCCUGGAGCGUUGUGUAGGGUUGUCACCCAAGUGCAGGACCUGGCACUGACCCUUGUUGAACCUCAUACAAUUGGCCAUAGCUCAUCGAUCCAGCCUGUCCAGAACUUACCAAGGAAAGGUGCUUUCCCCUGGAUUGUGGCCUUGAAUCCUCUAAAAUAUGAGGUAACAGUGAGUUGUCUGCCAGCAAACCCUGAAAGCCUCCAAGCGGCCUGUUAAAAUCAGCUGAGCUUUGCAGGACAGGGCCCGCCCUUUAUGAUGGUCACUGGAUAUUCAGGUAUUAAAAUGCACAUCUGGGUGAACAUAUGACAGUUAUAGUAUGAGUGAUCUGAACAUGGAAAACUACAAUGAUUUGUAAUAGCAGGUUUUCAGUAACAAUUUGAAAUGGGAAAAAAAUUACAGUAAUGGGAAAACAACACUUGAAUUGCUUAGCAUACAUCUUCACCUUUGUGUUUUGGGGAAUUUCUCUGUAUUUGUUUCUGAACUGUCUUAAACUCUUUACAGAAUAGACUACUGUUGAGAGUCACAUUUUGUUCAUAUGGAAGAAACUGGUUAAGAAAGUUAAUAACAGUUUCAGAAAGAAGAAAAUUACGCUUUUCUGAAGUGCUAACUUUAUAAAUCAGCUGUAAAUAUCUACCUGCAACCUUUUUCAUAGCAGUUCAACUUUGACUAUCUUUCGAUUUAAAACAAAACACUAAAAAAAAAAGUUGUUUAAUGAGAAUAAAUGAUAAUAGCAUCU